AUGGAAAUAAAACAAGAACAAAACAAGUUUUUGGACGAAAACUGUAAGAUCGAAAUAGAAAAUAUUGACUUCUCGCAUGUUAAAGACAAAAUAAAGCUGGACUCAUGGGUGACAAAUUCAUUUAAUACGGAUACAAUCAAUAAUUUAGACCAAUUAAACAUGGAAGUUGAUGUUAAAGACAUCAAAUUAGAGAAGCAUAAAUCUGAACCCUUACAAUUUGAAAAUGGAUGUACAGAAGAGGGUGUUUUCUGUUCACGAUUUGCUAGAUUAAAAAUCAAAAAUCGCAAAAUUAAAUACAACGCAGAAGUUAAAAUGAACAGAAAAAUCAUUAAAAAAUUAGUUUCUUUAACUUGUACUUUAGCGAAACAGGAACUGGCUUUCCGUGGCCACGAAGAAUCCGAUGAUUCCCUUAAUCCUGGAAAUUUUAAAGCGAUUUGGGAGUUAAUAUUAAAAUCAACUCGAGAACAAAAUGAUCACUGGCAGAAAAAAAUAUGA